UGCGCGGAGCAGCGGGGAUUCCCCGAGGGAAGUUCCCAACUCCGCAAAGUGGGCUAUGUAAAAACACACACUUCUAUGCUCAUAUCCUCACUACAGCACUUCCUAAUGCCGUGCUGCUGUGCUGGAACAUGUUGUCCACACGCUAAGUUGGACUUUUACACUCACCCGAACCAAGGGCUCAUGUCUGCUCUGUCAGUGAUGAUUGUGGAGCACACGGCAUGGAGAGGAACAUCGCAGACCAGCUCAACAAAGCUUUUGAAGCUUAUCGCCAGGUCUCCAUUGAAAAAGACAAUGCCAAAAAGGAGCUGCAACAAAUUACUGAGCAUUAUCAGCAAUACACUCAAAAACUCCUAAAGCAGAUAGAAGACCAGCAGCAGCUGAUUUCCCAACUUAAAGCUCAGUUGCCAGCAACAAGGACACCAGCAGGAGAGAUGAAAUGUGAGGCAUGCAUCCAUCUGGUUGAUGGGCUCAGCGCACAUGGGAAAAUACCGCAUCCGGACAAUACGGGCACUGUCGCUGUUACUCCUGUAAUGACUGUCAAUAGCAGUGUCGACUAUCAGGACAUGCUGGAUGCGCUGGAAGCCGUUCAAGGGACCUUCCGGCAGAUUCGCUGUCUAUCCCGAAGGCAAAAAGAUCACCUGAAGAGAUUCCGUGGGGGGAUUGAAACAGCAAAUGAUCAGCAGUUCUCCAUGCCCAUCCAGUGCACAGACGGCACAGCAGAAGAAGACGAAACAGCCUUUUCCUCUGCAUUACAGUCGGCGGUGGAUAAUCCGCUGCCUCCUACAUCCCUGACGUCGCGUGGCGCCGGCCCGGACGACAGGGACUUUGUAGACUCUCUCACCAAGCUCAGUGUCAAAUUCCCACCCCCUGCGGACAGCGAAUACGACUUCCUGAACAGCGCCCCGGAAAGGCAUGUGGGUCUGACCGUGCCCAUGAGGCGGCCUCUCUGCGGCGCCUCCACCGUGGCCAACGAGGGGGAGGAAGAGGCCUCGGAACUGCCCACCACGCCGUGUUUUACUUACCCCACGUUCCCCUCUCACGCCACAUCUUCUUCCCUCUCCCAGGAGAACAUUCGGGGACCCCAGCAGGUGAGAAGGAGUCUCUGUGGACGCCCGAGAUGUGCCACGCCGUGGAAGUGGGAUCAGAGUCGGCGACGCCUUGCAGCAGCAUCCCAGAUAAAUGUGCUUUCUGCCACGCCGUGGUUCCUCAGGAGCGGAUGAACAGCCACCUCUACUCGCAUUUCUCUCCCGAGGAUGACAGCCACCACUGACGGCCCAGAGACUUACUGUAACGUGGCCGCAUCCUGAAAGUAUGUUCACUGCACGGGACACUGCGAUGACACUUGAAUCCAUUUAUUUCAUAUUGAAGAACUGAAUGGUGCAGUCCCUGCUUAUUGCAUUCUUCUCAUACAUUUACUGCGACAUGUAAUGAGGAAAUAAAGCCAACAUUUACUCUCAGAAGAUAACAGAAACAAUCCCUUUUAUCCCUUUUGUUACAAGGUGGACCAAAGUAUGUUUCUAUAUGUUGAAGUACUAUUUGCAUUAUCGACAAAUUCAUAUCUUUUUUGAUGGAAAAAUUAAAUGUAAUCAUCUGUGAACAAAGGCACAUCUUUGGCCCUCUAUAUCUCCUACAACAAGCCCGUGGUGGCUUUGACAUGCUAACCCAGCAACAUACAGGUGCUCCUCACGUCACCAACGUUCCCUAGACGUGUUCUAAAUCCAUUUUAGUGGAAGCCAGAACUCAAAUGAAGACUUGACGUCACUCACACUGUAUACAGCAGUGUCGCUUUUGGCAGCCAUUUUAUUUGUAGUCUUCAUUUUUUGGACCAAAGUGCUUCUUGUUUUAGUCACAUUUUAGUCCGUUUUCUAUGUGAUUGGUUUAGUCUAGUUUUAGUUGACAAACCUGAACCCAUUUUAGUCUGGUUUUGGUCAGUUCAGUUUUAGGAAAAACAAUCAUUCAACACUGAAAGAAAGAAGUAUCUCGUGUCAGCCAUUGAAACGAGCAACAUACACAACUCCUCAUAAUAAUAAUAAUAAUAAUAAUGGAUUACAUUUAUAUAGCACAUGUUGUUUCACUGCAACUAGUUAGCUCAGUGGUUAAAACAACUAGCCACUAGCCAGCUAGCGACUAGCUUCACCACACGCUAGCCAAAGGUACACUACAUAUUGGAGCUGCCGCCACUGCUGCUGUGUUUUUGUUUUUGAUGCUAGGUGUGGCGUUCCUUUCUAUGUUGCUAUGUGAAAUCAAUGCACCCAGGAAGGAAGUUCCCAAAAUACUGUAAGUAUGACAUGUUAUCAUGACUGUAGCUGUUACUUCAUGCUCACAGCAUGGAUAGAAAACCACUAAACCUUGUUGGAGCUUUUUUAGAGGGCUUUCCUGGUGGAAUAGGUGUAUCCCAUUAUGUGCAUUGUUAGCUCCUCAUGCUAGGAUUGUGGAUGAUGGGCAAAAUUCCCCCCCAAAAAAGCAAUGAGGAGAUUGUGAAGUUGUUGCAUUUGUCAGCUGUAGGGGGAGCCCAAUUGUUCCAUACUCGUUCUUUACCUGACAUUUGCUAAUCACAAGUCUUUUCUUAAUUGAUGAAAGGGUGAUAUAUUUGUUGAAUUAGCACGGUAAUAAGAAGCAGCUGUUUGUUGAUCACCAUGAUGUUUUUUUUUAAACGUUUCAAAGUUGUCUGCCAUUUCUGAAGUUUAUACGCCAUGUGUUCUUUACACACAAAAACCGCUUUUAUUCCUUAAUGACGCACAACAUCAGGCACCAACACGCCGUUCAAUUAGCACAAUUACGUCCACAUUUGUCAGCCCUGGUUUUUACCUCCUGCUAGCAGUAUUUUAUUGGACGACUGAACAUCUGCACGUGACAGGUAUUGAUUGCCAUGGCAGCAUUUUUUUACAUUCACUCAGUGCAAACACAAGUAUAUGUCUUGGAUGUUAAAGUCAGUCUUUCUAGAGGCUAAGCUAGGAUUUGUUGGCACGGAUGCUUUUGAUUGCGUGUUAUAAAUAGCACACGUUCACCCUGCCAAACAUGACUUGUUCAUUAGAGCUUUUUUAAUGACAAACGAUAUCAUGUGACAUUCUGCAGCACAACAUGGAUGGUGGGUGGGAUGAUUGUGUCUGGCAAAUACUUAUCCCUAAUGAUGCUCUCUGCUUCAUCUGUGAAGAGUCCAACAUAGUGCAGCCUACACGCUUUUCUCUCUGGGAGCAGGAACAGCUGCUUGCUCAUAAUUACCUUGUCAUUCAUUGUUUGGAAGAGGAAACUCAUACUGACAGUGCCUCUUAUUAGAUUUGCUUUAUUUAUUUUUAUUUUUGCUAAGCGGACCUGCAUAGUUAGCCUCCUGUGUGUUGGUAAAAGAAAACUUGAAGAGAAAAAAAAAUGAGAAAGAAACACUUUGGAAGUGAAAAGUGAAAAAAAAAAAUUGAUAAAAGAAAACAGUUUGGAAGUGAAAGUGAAAAAGAAAACAGUUUGGAAGUAAAAGUGAAAAAAUGAAAAGUUUGGAAGUGAAAGUGAAAAAAAAUGAAAGAAAACAGUUUGGAAAUGAAAAGUGAAAGUGAAAAAAGUAAGUUUGGAAGUGAAAGUGGAAAAAAACGAAGUUAAAAGUGAAAGUGAAAAAAAGAAAGUUUGGAGGUGAAAGUGGAAAAAAAAGAAAACCAUUUGGAAGUGACAAGUGAAAGUGAGAAAAAAGGGAAAAAAGAAAACAGUUUGGAAGUAAAUAUGGGGGAAAAAAAUAGUUUGGAAGUGAAAGUGGAAAAAGAAAACAGUUUGGAAGUAAAAGUGGAAAAAUGAAAACAGUUUGGAAGUGAAAGUGAAAAAAAAAGAAAGAAAACAGUUUGGAAAUGAAAAGUGAAAGUGAAAAAAAGUAAGUUUGAAAGUGAAAGUGGAUAAAAAACGAAGUUAAAAGUGAAAGUGAAAAAAAGAAAGUUUGGAGGUGAAAGUGGAAAAAAAAGAAAACCAUUUGGAAGUGACAAGUGAAA